GUGUAUGUUUAAUGUAGGAUUUUAAUCUAGGUCUUUAAUUCUAAGAAUGGUUGUUUUGUUGUUUCUCUAGUAUGCAGGUACAAUUGAAAAAUCAGCAAUCAUCUAUUAAGUAUAUCAAGUGCCUACCAGAUACUAUUCUUGGUGGGAAUGCAAAGUCAAAAAUUCCCUGUCCUCAAGAAGCUUAUAUUUUAUGAGGUUGACAACUUGUAUAUAUUUAUGUACAAAAAUACAGGUGAUUUUGAAGGAGGCACUCAUUAUUAGCAACUACGAUGGGUUAAGAAAGUAAAACUCUUAACAUGCCUCUUUGAAGGAAAUGGUGAUUCUGUGAGUUGAGGGAGUACAUUCCUUGUAUGUGGGAUAGAUAAGUCUUUGCGAAGACAAAUGAAACAAGACAUUGUGUUUAGAGUAACAUUUAGAAGGCCAGUUUGGCUAGAUUAUGAAGGGAAGUAAUAUGUAAUAAGCCUAGUAAGGUAAGUUGGAGCUGUGUUGUAAAGGGUUUUAUGGGUAAAAAAAGAAAUUGUAUUUGAUUCAAAUUUAAUAGAAUGCUGUGGAAGUUUAUUGAGUGACAUGGUGAGGCCUGUGUUUUCAUAAUAUUACAGCCAUGUGGAGAGGAGAUUGGAAAUCUAAUUGGGAAUCCAUUGUUUUUGGGCCAGCAGCCUGAUUAGAAGAAGCAACUUUAAAUAUUCAGGUUUAACUCUUUUUUGAGAUUUAAUGCUUUUUUUGAACAAAAAACCAAUCAAGUCCCUCUAUAUUAGCUUUUUGGAUAUAUUCUGUUAAUGUUUUUCAAAUUAUUAAUUUAAUGUGAAAAUCAUCAUGGGAGGAGCUGUGAGUGCUGGUGAAGAUAACGAUGAUUUAAUUGACAACUUAAAAGAAGCUCACUACAUACGUACUGAAAGAGUGGAGCAAGCAUUCAGAGCAAUUGAUCGAGGGGAUUACUAUUUGGAAGGCUACAGGGACAGUGCUUAUAAAGACUUAGCUUGGAAGCAUGGAAACAUUCAUUUAUCAGCACCUUGCAUUUAUUCUGAAGUAAUGGAGGCCUUGAAACUUCAACCAGGAUUGUCUUUUCUUAACCUGGGAAGUGGAACCGGAUAUUUGAGUACAAUGGUGGGCUUAAUUUUAGGUCCUUUUGGAAUAAAUCAUGGAAUUGAGCUUCACUCAGAUGUGGUGGAUUAUGCCAAGGAAAAACUCGAGAGCUUCAUCAAAAAUAGUGAUAGCUUUGAUAAAUUUGAGUUUUGUGAACCAGCAUUUGUGGUUGGCAACUGCCUUGAAAUAGCAUCUGAUAGCCAUCAGUAUGACCGGAUUUAUUGUGGAGCUGGUGUCCAGAAAGACCAUGAAAACUACAUGAAAAUAUUACUGAAAGUGGGAGGCAUUCUAGUCAUGCCUAUAGAAGAUCAGUUAACUCAGAUUAUGCGAACUGGACAGAAUACUUGGGAAAGCAAAAACAUCCUUGCUGUUUCAUUUGCUCCAUUAAUACAACCAAACAGGAAUGAUAAUAGCAAACCAGAUUCAGUGGGAUUGCCCCCAUGUGCUGUCAGGAAUCUACAAGACUUGGCUAGGAUUUAUAUUCGGCGCACACUUAGAAACUUCAUAAAUGAUGAGAUGCAAGCCAAAGGUAUUUCUCAGAAGGCCCCUCCCAAGAGAAAAAGAAAAAGAGUUAAACAAAGAAUUAACACAUAUGUAUUUGUGGGCAAUCAACUUAUCCCUCAGACUCUAGAUAGUGAGGAUGAGGAAAAAAUGGAAGAAGACCACAAAGAAGAGGAAGAGAAGGACAACAAUGAAGCCUUGAAACCAGAGGAACCCCCUCAGAAUCUAUUACGAGAGAAAAUCAUGAGACUACCCCUACCUGAGUCUUUAAAAGCAUACUUGACAUACUUUAGGGAUAAAUAACUCAUAAGAAGUAGAAAGGAUGCCUGACAAUUCCUUUAUUCUUGAAAAUGUAGCAUUUGUUAUAAAUAGAUCAACAGAUACAAUUAUGUUUUUCACUGAGACAGAAUUACAAUGAAAAAGCAUAGCUAAUUUGUGUCUUGUAAUAAGGAAGACUUAGAUUUAACAGUGAUGAAAGUCCCUUUUAUAAAAUCUAUUUUUCUUUAAAUUUUGAAAAAUACUGUUUUAACCAAGAGAGAGUGCAAACUAAUCAAGGUGGAUGGGAAAAAAAAUCUUACUGAUUUGUAUUGGGUAAAGGAUAAAUGAAAUUUUAUAUUUGGUUAAGUAGAUGAUGUGUUUAUGUGUUCUGAUUUGAAUGGUUAUUAUUGGCAUUUUUUCCUAGGAAAGAUUUUAAAACAUGAAGACCUACUUCUAAUAAUGACAGUAAACUCUUUGUAGACUAUUUACUAUACUUUAUUGCAAUCACUAUUGCUGGGUUGUUAUAGAUAUAUUAUGGGUAAUACAUAAGUGCAAUAAUUGAGUACAGAUACUGAAUAAAGUGGCUUUAAUAAAAAUGCUAUGUCUCUGGUAAUCAGACAGCCCUGCUACUUUGGCAUUUGUAGCUACUGCCAAAAGGUUUAGGGGAUGGGAAAUUACUGUUUCUCUCAUAGAGACAAUUAAAGGCACAUCAUGGUAAUAUUAAGGCAAAUAUAUAGUUAAUAUAGCUGUUUGUAUGAAUGUGCUAUGGUUUCAUUCUAAAUGUGGAGAUCCAGUUUUGGGAAUUUUAAAAGAUCAUAUUGAGGGUUUUUUUUUUUUUUUUUUUUUGUACUUCAUGGUAUGGUUAUUACACAUUUGGCAAAAAAAUUAUUGAUCCUACAUUUAAAAUAUGAAUAUAGACUAGGAAAUGGAAGCAUUAGCUAAUCUUUGUUGGAUCAUUGUAUUAGCAGGGCUAUUAGGUUUGUUAAGCAGAUGCACUUUAGUAAGUGGAACUUAAACUUCUGAAUAUUUUUCUUUUAUGAGAUAGGACUGUGUAGGCAUAUAUAUGCUUUUGGACAGAACUUUCAAGGAUAAACAAUUUUCACAGAUUUUAAUCAAUUUUUUUUUUUUUUUUUUUGCUUUUCUGCCUGUGCAUGUGUGUGUGCCUAUGCGUGUGCGUGCGUGCGUGUGUGUGUAUGUGUGUGUGUGUGUGUGUAUGUAUACAUGCAUGCAUGCGCACUUAAGGCGUAAGAGUCAUAGGAUAACUUGGGACCUAUCAUAUGCUCAUUGGACUCCUUUCCUUUUAUUCUUUUUAUUUGUUUGGAAAAGUUAUUGGUAUUUUCACUUUAGCUUUAUGGGUUGCUUUUUUUUUUUUUUUUAAUUUUUAAGCCUGCCUAAUGUUUGAAUCUUAGUUGUAGCAUAUCAGUGACAGACUAGUUAGAAAAUUGAAUAAAAUGUUUGUAAAAGCCACUAUGAACAGAAAUAUUUUGUGUAUUGGGCCCAAUGGAAGUCAUUCCUUAGCAAGAAAACUUGCAUGUAAAGUAAUUACUACUGAAAUAAUAGUAUUAUAUCAAUUAUAUUUGUUAAAUAAUUAAACAUAGUACAUUGCCCUGUUAUUAUUACCAGCAGCAUCACAAUUAAUAUGUAGUGUAUUUUCUCAAGGAAACUAGCCAAUAUGAACAUGGUAUAACAGGUUUAUUAUCUGCCUAUGAAGAUUCAAACAUUAGUGGUAACACAUAAAUAUACAAAUUUAGCUCUACUGUACAUAAUCUAAAAUUAAGUAUGUAGAGUAUUUUGUUUCACUUUCUUACAUCACUAGUUUCACUUAUUAUGUAAAUUGAGUGUCUUAGUGAUACUUAAAGUAAUUUCCUAAAAGGUCAGUCUGUAUUUUGUAUCUUUGAGGGAAUAGAGAUUUUCAUGGUCUUUCAACAAAAUAGAAUAAACUAUAACUGCUAUUGGAAAAUAAUCUAGUAAAUUUCAUUUACUGGAAUAUUACACUUGUAUUUUUUUUUUAAACAGUUGCAUUUAAAAGUUUUUAUAAGCAAUAGUAUUAGGGUCAAUUUUGAAAUAUUAGUUUACCAGGAGUGUUUGUCUUUUGAUUUGGAUAUUUUGUUUCUGAUAAAAUUUAAUCUUAACUUCCAGUUGCCCACCUAUUUUCUAGCUGAUGUGGGAAAAUUUACAUUUUGUUCCUUAACUUUCUUUUGGAGCCUGAAGCCAAUAUAUAAAAAUACAAAGAUGUUCAUUUUAAUGAUUCACUUCUUUAAGAAGAAAGCUUUCUCAUAGAAUGCAUGUGAAGACAGACUUUUUCAUUGCAUUUCAUUCUCUCCUAUACUUGAUAAGAUGGAUAAUAGAUAAGCAAGAUUACUCAGUGUUUAAUCUUUGUCAUUGAAAUGUUUUUUUUUUUCCUUUUUUGGUUUUGUUUUUAAAGGUGCAUUCAUUUUACAUUUGCGAAUUUAUUAUUGCCUUUAAAUAAAGACUUAGAAAAACAAUAUUAAAAUGAGAUUUUGCAUUUGUUAAUAGAGACAGAUUAUAAUAAAUAAAACUUGUGGUUUGUGCUUAA